AUGGCCAAAAUAAGCGAUCUGGCGUUGGAUGAAAAUAAAAUUGAUAGGAAUUUCAGGGUCGUAAAAUCAUUAUGUGAGGGGCCCUAUGGGAACACAGAUUUAAUUUGUGACAACGAAGGAAACUAG